ACACACACCACACCCACAACACCACACACUGCACACAUGUCACACAAACGCAACACAACACACACUGCACACACACAUCACACUCACACCACCCACUGCACACACGUCCCACACACACCACACACUGCACACACACAUCACACUCACACCACACACUGCACACACGUCCCACACACACCACACACUGCACACACACAUCACACUCACAACACCACACACUGCACACACACAUCACACUCACAACACCACACACUGCACACACAUGUCGCACACACGCAACACAACACACACUGCACACACACAUCACACUCACACCACACACUGCACACACGUCCCACACACACCACACACUGCACACACACAUCACACUCACAACACCACACACUGCACACACACAUCACACUCACAACACACCACACGCUGCACACACACACCACACUCACAACACCACACACUGCACACACACAUCACACUCACACCACACACUGCACACACAUGUCCCCCACACACAACACAACACACACGGCACACACACAUCACACUCACAACACCACACACUGCACACACACAUCACACUCACAAUACCACACACUGCACACACAUGUCCCCCACACACAACACAACACACACGGCACACACACAUCACACUCACAACACCACACACUGCACACACACAUCACACUCACAACACCACACACUGCACACACACAUCACACUCACACCACACACUGCACACACAUGUCCCCCACACACAACACAACACACACGGCACACACACAUCACACUCACAACACCACACACUGCACACACACAUCACACUCACAAUACCACACACUGCACACACAUGUCCCACACACACCACACACUGCACACACACAUCACACUCACAACACACUACACACACACAUCACACUCACAACACUACACACUGCACACACAUGUCCCACACACACCACACACACAUCACACUCACAACACACUGCACACUCACAACAUGGCACACAUAGGUCACACACACACCACACACAGUCACACACACACACUGCACAGCUUAUCACAUACACAGGUGCUCAUAAGCACAUCACACUCAUGUGGACACACAGCACACUACCACAAACACAUGACAAACACCACACACUCAUAUACCACCUCAAACACAACACUGCACACGCACACACCACACACUGACAUCUACAGACACUAACACAACACGCUCACAAACACUGCACACUCACAUACUAUCUCUCACACCACACACAGAUAUGCUCAUAAAACUGCACACCCCACACAUCUCACACACACACCAAAGGCACUACACACACAAUCUCCCACACAAACAAGAAAGAAAGAAAAAAGAAAAACUAGAAGAAAUGUGCCCAGAUAUUAACUGUGAUCAUUUCUAGGUAAAGGCAUUAGGAAUCAAUUUUAUUUCAUUUAGUAUCUCAUUAAAAACCAGAUUAAAACUGCACAUGGAAUCUAUAUAAAAGCAGACCCACAAUAGCUCACGUUCCUCCUGUGCACACUUUAAACUGAAGGGCGUCUGGUCCCAGCACAAGCAGGUCCCCCUUCUCUGAGCACUUUCCACUCUCACAGGGGGGAGCAGCGAGCACUCCAGGGGCUGCCUGGGAACUGCCCCUGGGGAGAGGGACCAGGUGGAAGCUGGGCUCCACACCUCGUCCUGGAAAGGCUGCCUGGGCCCACGUGGGAUGGGCAUGAGGACCGGCUCUGCCGCAGCCCCAGCAGCCCCUCUGCACACCCAGGGCCCUGCUUCUCAUCGUGAGUGGAACCCACCGGGACAGGAGAGCCAGUGGCUCACUCAGUGCCAUCCCAGGGCCUGUAGAGACUCACAGACCCUCAUCCCACAGCCAGCAGAAAGUGCCCUCCGUGCAGUCGCCACCUGCCUCCCCUUGGGGAUUUGCUGGGAUACUGGAGCUGGCCCUGCAGCGGAGUUAAGUGCCUGGGCAGCUCCCACCUAGGGCAGCUUGCUCCCACCACCCCAUGCUCUCUGUGAAAAGUCUCUGGUCUCCUCUGCCCCACAAUUGUGACAGCUCUGCCUCUUCCAGGCAAGCUUCCGUCUUGGUUUGCAAACACUUUCCCUCCUCGUCCAAGGUGCAGCCAAGUCCCUUCCCUUUUCUGACCUUGGCCUGGACCCAGCAAUCCCUCCUAGCAGGCAGACUUGCACAAGUCAUACUCUGUGAUUUCUCCGCCAGGCCUCGCUGACAAACCACAAGGACACAUGAGCAGCAGGUCCUGGGUCUGUGGAAGGAGCCCCCUGGAGGCACGUCCUCCAGCCCAGCCAGGCCUUCUGACUACCACAGCCCUGACCAUCAGCUCAACUGCAACUUCCCAGGCAAACUCCACCUCCCCAGCCAGUCUCUCCUGAACUUCUGUCGCCAGGCACUGUUGUCUCACACCCCAGGUCCAAGGGUUAUUGUUAGGCGGCAACAGAGAAUCAGCACGUUGCUCUGAGUGCUGCCCAGGCAGUUAACUCCACUGCAGGGCCAGCUCCAAAUGCUCCACAGACCCACUGGACUCUCACAUCCCACGGAGUGGACAUGACUGUCGCCCUUGCCUGACAGGGGGCCACACAGGACAGCCUGACGCCAGUCUAGGCAGUGAGGCCCAAGAGCCUGUGCUUGCGCCCCACAGCCUACGGCCCCCAGCUUGUGCAGGGAGGCGUCCGUCAGCACGGGGUUUAAACCCCUAAGGCAGGCCGGCUCGACGUCUCCAUCUUCCCCACACUGGAGAGGAUGCAGGUGAUCAGAGCUCAAGGUGCCCGAGGGUGGAGACGGUGCUGCAGCCCCUGCCUGGCAAGCGGCAGUCCCUGACCCAAGAGCCCCAGGAGACAGGGCUGUCCCCACCCAGACCAUCCUAGAGGGGGCACAUGCCUCUUCUCUCCUGCCCAAAAGGAUCGAGGUCCCCAAA